UCUGCCCUCUUUUCUAGUCAAUCCCUGUGUGUCUGGCCUUUGAACCUUGUGUUCCCCAUAUACAGGAAGGGUGGAGCUUCUAUAUUCUCCAGAACGUCCAUGAAGCUCCAGUCAGAGGGCGAGUCCGUCUCAUCCAAGCGUCUUCCAGGGCCCACCACGGCCCCAUGAUUCAGCAACCCACCCCAUAACCCAAUACCCCCUUGUGCACCAACAGAAAUCCACCAAAGCAGGACCUUCGACAGUUCUAGUCUAGGGUCCUCACUGGGUUACAAGGACAAGCAUGGCCGACAAACUGGCACUGGCAGGUGUGGCGGACGAGCCCAGCGCCCUGAACAUCUUCACUCUGUUGGAGAGGGUGUCCGGGAUCAUAGACAAUGUGCAGGCGUGCCAGCAACGCAUGGAGGAGCAGCAGCUGGAGCUGGAGAACACCGUGAAGACCAUCCAGGCGGACGUGGUGAAGUUGACGAAGGAGCACACAGCGACGAGUAGCACUGUGGAGAAACUUCUAGAGAAAACACGCAAAGUCAGCUGCCACGUCAAGGACGUUCGUGUACGGGUGGAGAAGCAGAACAUACGUGUCAAGAAGGUGGAGGAAACCCAAGUCGAGCUGCUGAACAAGAACAAGUUUCGUGUCGUCAUCUACCAGGGAGAUAAUGAGGUCCCAGCUGUAGCUGCUCCUAAAGCAUCUACAAAGGGAGCAACAGGUGGAGACUCUCCCAUAGACCCAGAUGUCCCGGAGGCUCCGCUUCCCGACUCGGAUGAGGAAUACAUGGUCGUUGAGGAGGCCGACUCGUCUACUGCUGCCAAACUAAAGAAGACCGGCCUGAAGCGCAUCGAAAGCCUGAAGCAGACCUUCUCCCGUGAGAACAUGACUAAGACCAAAGAGAAUCUGGGCACCAAGGUCAACAAGCUGGGUGAGCGCAUAGUAACAGCCGAACGACGUGAGAAAAUCCGCCAGUCUGGGGAACGGCUGAAACAGUCUGGUGAGCGUUUCAAGGAAACCAUCACGAAAACCGUGCCAGCAAAACUCAACCUGAAGAAGGAAAGGACGGUGGCUGAAGGUCAGGAGGGAGCUGAAGGGACCACGGAAGGAAUGGCACCAAUCCCACCACCGAAGGGCCGCAAGGCCAGCCCUGGUGUGGCCUACACAGAGCCAACGGAGAAACAAGAAGGUCCAGAUGAGGGCAAGGGCGAGGAAUCGGAAGUGCCAAUGUAUGAUAUGAAGCAGCUUUCUUAAGCGGCAAGCCUUGACAGUCACAUUUGGGAAAGACUAAUGUACAGAUAUGAAUUUGAUUAUGGAGAACUUGAAGGUGGAAAGAUUGGGAAAAUCAGAGAUCUUGCUUCUAAGUGUGUGGAUAAGUGGAUGGUUCUUACGACAACUGAAUGAACGAAAUAAGGAAGUUGUACGUUACAAACAAUACCCAGAGGUGUUUUUUUUUUGUGGAUUUUCUUGUUUACAUCUAUUAUGGACUAUGAAGGGUUAUGAAUGUUAAACCAAUGUACUGAGAUGACUAGGCGAUGGUUUUUAAUUUGUUAAACUAAAAACAUGGUGUUCGCAAUGAUUUUCUUCUUUAUACUGCCACCUAUGGGAGUGGAUGCAGCAUCAUGAAAAAUCAAGGUAGGAGAUGAUAGGAAUUGACAAAUGUACGAAUUGACAUUAUUUGUUAGGUGUGUGUAAAAUAUUUUAAAGAAAUUUCUUUGAAUAGCUGAAUUUACAAAUAAUUCACAGAGAAGUGCAUUUUGGACUUUCUCUGGAGAACUUGAAAUUAAAAAUGAAAUGAAAUGAAAAAUGAACUUCACAUAUAUUCUGGUGUCGACUGACAUCCAGCAUGUCAACAGUGAAUGAGUUUAGAAUUAAAUUUUUCAAUUUA